CCCGUUUUUUGCUUCCCGGGUGGCUUGGGGCCGGGGAGGUGGGGGAGAGGGCGAGGGGAGUGGCCACGGCCUCCCCUCGCCCCUGGGUCGCGGCCUAGCCCGGGAAGUCAGAGUGGGUCUUUCGGCCCCGCGGUAACGACCCCCUCCCCCACCUCCCGGCCGCUGCCGUCGCCGGGGCGGGCUGGGAGCCCCAGGCUCCCGCUCCCAUCCACCCCACCCCCACCCCACUUCACCCCACCCCACCCCACCCCACCCCCACGGCGCCUGCUCCUUUUCCCAAUAAACCUUGUUUCCCUCCCCCACAUCCGGUGUUGGUGAAACUGUAGGAGCCCGGAGCAGCCCCAGGAAGCCGACUUGUUACCCUACUCCCAGAGGAGAACUGACAGUAGAUUGCUUUCUUCGGGGGCAACAGUUUACAUAGUUUAGCGGACCCCCGCUGCCUAAGUCAAAUUGAGUGCCAGGAGCUGAUUUUACCUACUCUCAUUCCUCUCCAGGGUCCCACUACUUGGGAGAUUUUCUCAAACUCCACACACAGAAAGCCACCGACCUUAUUCCGGUAUCCUACACCCCUUCCCUACCUUAAUUACACUUCCCACUCCCAGCCCUCAGCAUCGGAGUCAAGAGCAACAGGGACACUUCCGUUUUCCUUGUAGGACUGAUGAAACCGUAAUGAAGAACACCCCCUAAACUCCCAUAAUCGGUGCGGAUUCCUAUGGGGAAGGCCCAUAUUGUUGACAUCUUUCAGGCCUUGGUUCUGGACCUUGAGAAGGAGGCUGAACUAGUGAUAGCGAUGCUUUUUAGGGUAAAUGUAUGUAGGUACUGGGGGAGGGAUCAACCGAGAAGGCGUGGAAGUGGUUUAAAGCUAAUAUUUCAGUUUUUGCUGCUCAUAUAGAGUCCAACCUAGGAGUUACUCAUUUACAAGCUGUAAAGCUUCUCCAGACCAAAAAUGUCUGAAAACCAAGCAUGGAUUAACUCUCCAUACGAACAGUAAAUUGAAAAUUCAGCUUGUGAGUAAAAUUUAAAAAUUUUACUCCCAAAGCAUUUUUUUAGGUACCCACAUUUUUAAAAAAUUGUGUUACUUUUAAUUAGAGUUGAAAGGCCUCAACUAGCAUUUGCUGUUAAUGACCAGUAUGUGGAGUCUGAUUUAGCUUUCCAGAAUUAACAUUUUGGGUUGUAUUGCCAAAUCACAGUCCUAAACGAUGAAUGUUGAAUGAUGCACUAUGUUUUUGUUUAAAUGAAAUUUACUGAGAAUAAUUAACUUCAGAAUUAAGGGAAAUUGAUGUUGCUAUCAUGAGGCAGCAUAAAAAAUACAUAUUUUAAAAUUGAAGACAUUUCAAGCAGGUAUAGUUCCUGAAGCAGAAAGAACAUGAACCUGGGAUUUGGAAGACCUGGUUUCUAGCUGCUACUGAUCAACUCUAUUACUCGGGGAAAGUAGGCCUCAGUUCUUUUUUCUGUAACAUGAGUAAAUUGGACUGUUUGAAUUCAGAACUCAGAAAGUUGGAAGGGAUCUUAAAGCCCUCUGUGAAAGAGUUUGGGAAUGUUCUCCAUUGCUGUCAUUUUUCCUCCAAAAAUAACCUGGUUUGGAAGUCAUUGGUCCAACGGGAAUUUGACUCCCCAUAGAAAUUGGAGAAAAGGUAAUGCAAGUAGAGAGGAACAGCUGUAUAUCUGUUUGAGGAGUAAACCCACUAACAGAUUCUGGUACAAAUUUCAGAGACAUAAAAAGAAUGAGUGUAUGUACCUUAAGUGUACCAGUUUCCUCACUCUCUCCUGGCAGAAGAUGUAGCACUUUUAGUGGUGCUGGGAUUCUGGGAUGUGUUCCUAUUACGUCUAAUACAGAUGAAGAUGUGGUAGAAGGAAAGAUGGUGGCAGAAGGACUGGAUAAAGAGGCAAAAUUGCCCGCAAAAAAGAAAAGAAAGAAGGGUUUGCGAAUUAAGGGGAAAAGGCGACGCAAGAAACUGAUCCUUGCGAAAAAGUUUAGUAAGGAUUUGGUAUCUGGGAGGCCAGUUGCAGAUGCCCCUGCUUUGUUGGCUUCCAAUGCCCCUGAGCAGGAUGAAGAAAGUCUUUUUGAGAGCAAUAUAGAAAAACAGAUCUAUUUACCUAGUACUAGAGCCAAGACCUCCAUUGUGUGGCACUUCUUUCAUGUUGACCCCCAGUACACCUGGCGGGCUAUUUGUAACCUCUGUGAAAAAAGUGUUAGCAGGGGUAAACCAGGUAGCCAUCUCGGGACAUCUACUCUUCAGCGACAUCUGCAGGCAAGGCAUUCACCUCACUGGACCAGGGCCAACAAAUUUGGAGUUACUAGUGGGGAGGAGGAUUUUACUUUGGAUGUACCUUUAUCUCCCUCUUCCGCUGGAAGCAGUGGAAGCUUUGAAUACAUCCCUACUGAUCCAUUGGAUAAUAAUGGAAUGGGAAAGAAACGUGAUAAAUCAGUAUCUGAUGCCCUGAAGGCAGAAAGAGGGAGAUUUCUCAUCAAAAGUAACAUUGUCAAGCAUGCCUUAAUUCCUGGAACAAGAGCCAAGACAUCUGCAGUUUGGAAUUUUUUCUAUACCGAUCCUCAGCACAUCUCAAGAGCUGUCUGUAAUAUAUGUAAAAGAAGCGUGAGCCGGGGUAGGCCGGGUUCUCACUUAGGAACUUCAACACUUCAACGACACCUGCAGGCCACACAUCCCAUCCAUUGGGCAGUUGCCAACAAAGACAGUGGUGCAGUUGGAAAUGGAUUAGAUGAAGCUGAGACUGAGAGAAAUGAUCUCUUGAGUGAUACUUUGCCUGGAGAGAAGUCUACAGGCAGCCAGGAUGUAAUAGCUGAGGACCUUAGUGACUCUGAUUCAGAUGAACCUCCUGUAUUAGAGGUUGAAAAUAGAAGAUCUGAGAGUCCUAUUCCUGUUGCAGAGCAAGACACUCUAAUGCAUGCACAGGAACAAGAAACAACAUAUUGUGAAAAUUCAACCUCAAGUCAAAUAAGUCAGGCAAUUAUUCAAAUGAUUGUGGAAGAUAUGCAUCCUUACAACUAUUUCUCAACUCCAGCCUUUCAGAGGUUCAUGCAGAUUGUGGCCCCUGACUAUAGGUUACCAUCUGAAACUUACUUUUUCACUAAGGCUGUGCCUCAAUUAUAUGAUUGGGUCAGAGAAAACAUUUUCUUAACUUUGGAGAAUGUUCAAAGCCAAAAGAUCCACCUGACUGUGGACAUAUGGACCCAUGACCCAUCCACUGACUAUUUCAUUGUGACUGUACACUGGGUCUCUUUGCAAACUACACCACCUUCCAGUAAUGGCAGGAUCCCCAAUUUUAGAAAGUGGGCAGUUCUCUGUGUAACAGGUUUGGCCAAAGACUGUUUGAUAACCAACAUUUUACAAGAAUUAAGUGACCAGAUUGGUCUGUGGCUUUCUCCUAAUUUCCUCAUCCCUAGCUUCAUCGUUUCUGACAAUUCUUCUAAUGUAGUACAUGCAAUCAAAGAUGGUGGUUUUACCCACGUGCCAUGCUUCCUGCAUUGUUUAAAUUCAGUCAUUCAGGACUUUUUCUGUGAGCACAAAAGCAUUGAGAACAUGUUAGUGGCUGCUAGGAAAACCUGUCAUCAUUUUAGUCAUUCAGUCAAGGCCCGUCAGAUACUACAAGAGUUCCAAAAUGAUCACGAACUUCCAUGGAAAAAUUUGAAGCAGGAUGAAGCUGGCCAUUGGAUUUCUACCUUUUAUAUGUUAAAAUGGCUCUUGGAGCAUUGUUACUCAGUUCACCAUAGUCUUGGUAGAGCCAGUGGAGUUGUGCUCACCUCCCUUCAGUGGACUCUAAUGACAUAUGUUUGUGAUAUUCUUAAACCAUUUGAGGAGGCCACCCAGAAAGUGAGUGUGAAGACCACAGGAUUGAAUCAGGUGCUACCCCUAAUCCAUCAUCUACUCCUUUCCCUGCAGAAACUCAGAGAAGAUUUUCAAGUUAGAGGUAUUACUCAGGCCCUCAAUCUGGUAGACAGUUUAUCUCUGAAACUUGAAACUGAUACCCUAUUAAGUGCCAUGCUCAAAUCCAAGCCCUGUAUCUUGGCUGCUUUGUUAGACCCUUGCUUUAAAAACAGUUUGGACGACUUCUUCCCUCAAGGUGCUGAUUUGGAAACUUACAAGCAGAUCCUUGCAGAAGAAGUUUGUAACUAUAUGGAAUCUUCAUCAGAGGUCUGCCAUAUUGCAACUUCAGAAGCUUCUGGUUCCUCAGCCAUAGUAGGAGCUGAUUCAUUUACCUCAUCUAUAAGAGAAGGCACCUCCAGUUCAGGGUCUGUUGAUAGUUCAGCUGCAGAUAAUGUUGCCAUUGGAGGCAAAAGCUUCAUGUUUCCUUCUGCUAUGGCAGUAGUGGAUGAAUACUUCAAAGAGAACUAUUCAGAGACCUCAGGAGGUGAUGACCCUUUGAUUUACUGGCAGAAGAAGGUGAGCGUAUGGCCAGCUUUGACCCAAGUUGCCAUUCAGUAUCUGAGCUGCCCCAUGUGUAGCUGGCAAUCUGAAUGUAUCUUUACUGCAAAUAGCCACUUUCAUCCAAAGCAGAUCGUGAGCCUGGACUUUGACAAUAUAGAACAGCUGAUAUUUCUGAAAAUGAACUUGAAAAAUGUUAACUAUGAUUAUUCUUCAUUGGUUCUGAGCUGGGAUCCUGAGAAUGAAGUUAUUCAAAGCAAUGAAAAAGAAAUAUUAUCUUAAUUUCUUUUUCCUUUCUCCAUUUAAAAUGGGCAACUUAUUGCUAUGUUACUGUGUCCUAAUUGCUAUAAUUGUUGUAUGCAGUUAUACUAAUUAUUCUUUAUGCACAAUCUGGGGAAACCUGAAAACACAGAAAGGGCUGAAAAUUCCUCAAGGGUAAUAUAAUGUUGACAAAGUGAAGAUUAACUUUAAAGAUUUCAUAGUAGUUACUCAGUGUAGCUGUCACUUGAAAUUUUGUUUCUACCAAUUGAGAGAAAAAAAAAGACUUUUUUAAUUAAAAAAAUAUAGUGCAGCAUUGAAAGGCCUUAGGCUAUUUCUGGCUGGUAGCUUGAACUAGUAAUUGGUUUUAAGUAAAAAUUUCUCUCAACCUGGGAAGUUUGAUUGCUCUGAAACCAAUGAAAUAGAGAAAAAGCAUACUAAACUGGUAUCUCUCCCCAUCACCACCAUUUUUCUAUUUCUUUAAAAACCCUGAUUCAUGCUUACAGCUUGGCAAAAACAAAGUUCACAAAAUUGUUUUAUAUUUGGGAAUUCCUAAUUGCCUCCUCAUACUGGUCAGCGUUAUAAUUUCAACUUACUAAGUGUGAUAGAGUUGCCCUUUAUAUUUAAGAUUGGGUCUAUAUAGAGAGGAAACAUUAGAAAACAAUUAGGAAGAAAUUACUUUUAGUCUGUGAAUUGCCCUUUUUAACUUUUAUUGUAAAAACAAAGAUUAGCUACUUUUAUAUAAUUUAUGGGUAAAUGACAAUAAAAAGUUUACAGAAUUGAAAAAGAUUGAAUGGAAAUUGGAAUGAAAGCCCCAUGAGUAUACUGUGACAAACCAGUAUCCCUUUCCCACAGAAUGUUUCUCUGAAUUUAAGUGAUCUUAAAUGUCUUCUUAAAAUUAUACUGAAUGAUCCAUAAUACUGUAUUCUUAACUAUGAGAUUAUUUUGGCCUCAAUUCUUAUUUAAAAAUAAGCAGUCAAUAUUUUCAUGUGUUAGGAAUCAUCACCUCACUGGUAAAAUGAGAGAAUUGAUCUCAAUUGAUCUUGUCCCUUUCCACUCUGGAAGUACGUUUGUGUGAUUGAGUGGGAGGCCAUAAAUGAUGACUUUUAGUAAAAGUCUAUUAAAAGUUUCAGACUGAAUAACUAAUGUAAGAUCCCAAUUUUUCCUUUUUUUCAUUUUAGAUUUGGGGAUAUUCCCUGCCCAAAAAUUUCCUGGAAAAUUGACUA